CUCUUUGAGCCUUUGCUCGGUCCAUUCAUUGUCGUUGUAGACGCCACCUUCUUUACAGAAAUCACUCGCAAUAGCCCUGGUCGGCACCGUUACCUCGCGCUCAUCCAGCAGCAGCAACUUGCAAAUUUACCGUGUUCAUACUUUGACGCAUCAGUAACUCGAACUCCAUCGAAAUGCCUUCCAUGAAGAUCGCCCUCUUGGCAAUGGCCUCGGCCGUUGUCGCCGUCCCCCACGUCGGUCACGACAAGUUCCACCACAGGCGCGGAGCUGCGAAGCCUUACCCCAACGGUGGCUGGGGCAACACCAACAGCACUGCUGUCGCCUACGCCACUGGCUACCCUACUGGCGGCUCGGACAGCACUAUUGAUGUUACCUCGACCUCGACCACCACCUUGAAGAAGACCGUCACCAUCAAGGCCUCUUCCACUCCCGUCGCUGCCGCCCAGAACGUCCCUACUGGCGCUGGCGGUGAUGACCAAUGUGGUCCUGCUACCGUCACCGUGACUGCGUCCGAGAAGGUCACCGUCACUGUGACUCCUGGUGGUGGUGCUGGUGUCCCAUCGUCAUCGGCCCCCGCCGCUGCUGAGUCCUACGGCAACGGAUACGGCGCUUCCAGCCCUGCUGCUGCCGUCCCUACUCCGGCUGUUCCUGAGGUCAAGACCUCUUCCAAGGUCGAGGAGGCCAAGACCACCCCGGCCCCUGAGAAGCCAUCUUCUGCUGCUGCUUCCCUCACACCCGCGUCCUCGUACCCCGAGUAUGCGGCCAGCUCUGUUGUGAUUGCUUCGUCUGUCGCUCCCUCUUCAGCCGCUGCCUCCUCCGCCGCGCCAUCCCCCAGCGCCGGCACAGGUAACGGCUACUCCGGCAGCAAGCGUGGUCUCGCCUACAACGAGGCCGCUCUCUGCAAGACCUUCGGCAGCAAGUUCGGCUUCGGCUACAACUGGGGCCAAGUCGAGAACAACGACAUUGGCACUGACUUCAUCCCCAUGAUGCACGGCCCGUCCAAGAGCUCUGCCGAUGAGUGGCUCGCCAACGUCGACAAGGCCGCCAAGAAGGGCUCCAAGGCCGUCAUGGGUUUCAACGAGUGCGACCACGCCUCGCAGUGCAACAUGUCGCCCGAAGCCGCCUGCGCCUCAUGGAAGACCUACAUGAACCCCAUCGCAUCUUCGCACCCUGACAUGACCAUCAUCGGCCCGUCCGUCACCAACGGCCCCAAGACCGACGGAAUGGGUCUCGCCUGGUUGUCCAAGUUCCACGAGGUCUGCCCCGACGCCGUCGUACACGCCUCCAACAUCCACUUCUACGACAUCUACAACGAGGGCACCGUCCAGCGCUUCAAGGACCACGUCGAGGAGGCCGCCAAGAUCUACGGAAAGCCCGUCUGGGUCACCGAGUUCGGUCUUAACCCCGGCUCCGCGUCUGAGGACCAGGCUGCUUCGUUCCUCAAGGAGUGCAUGGCUUACCUCGACUCGUCCGACAAGGUCCAGGGUUACUCCUGGUUCAUGGUCGGAUCCGGCGAGAACCAGCUCAACUCUGGCAACGGCCUCAGCAAGGUCGGUCAGGUUUACGCUGCGUACUAAAUUUAGUCGUGGGGAUGUGUGACGAUAUUGGCAUCGGAUCCAAAGGGCGUUUUGUGUGGCAUUUGCAAAUUCGGCGCGCGCUGAGAGAAAACAGCUUUCUUCGUGUACAUGGGUUGGGUUGGGAACACUGUAAACAAAUCAUCUGGGACGCCGAUGCGCGUCACCUUGAAUAUUUUGUAUAACUUCUAUUUCGCGAACUUUAGGGGAGGAACGUGGUGGUUUGGUGGAGCGAUGUAUGAGAAUGAAGAUUUGUCUUUGUGGCAAAAAUAUGUCAUGUGCAAGACUGCUGUGAACUGCAUGUGUGAUUUACAGUAUCAAUGGCCAUUGCUCAACAUGUUGAA